CCUUGAUGCACCUGGUACGUCAUAUACAUGUCGCGCCGUUGACUGUAGUAAGCACUGGGGCCCUGGCAAAUGUCGUCCAUUCCAUAAUUUGCGUCCGAUAUGGGCAGAGACGAUGAGCGACCCACGGCUCAAUUGUGUCCUUGCACCGUGCUACUGUGCUAGUGCAAGCAAGUAGCACCCGAGCUGCCAGUGAGUCGUUAGCCGCUCUCAGGCUAGCACUGCCGUCAAGUGUUUGGCCCUGAAUCUACCGGCUUAUUAUAAAUAAUAGAUAGCAAGAAGAGUGGUACGCCGUUUGAUAUUCUUCCCCCCAUGUCUCUCUAUACACCAGCCGACUUCGUGAUAGGGCGCACUCUUUUAAAUCUAAACUACGCUUAUGUGUCUACAACUGUAAUUUGGGUCUACGACUAUAUCAUUACAUUCGAUGAUGAGCUGGCAUUUAUUCGGAAGUCGAAGUGGGGGAAGGCCAAAAUGCUGUAUCUGUUGUGUCGCUAUCUGCCAUUUGUGCUGUUGGCGGCGGAUACCUACCAGGUAUUGCAACCCGCCUUGCCAUUGAGUCAAUGUCAGACAUACUUCACGAUAAAUUCAUGGCUUGAGGGAAUCACGUUGGUAGCUGCGGAAUUUAUGUUCAUAUUGAGAACGUACGCCAUCUGGGGAAGAAGCAGGAAGGUAUUGAUCAUUCUGUUGUGUUGCUUCACCGCAAUUUUAAUCCCAGUCGUUUAUAUCUUGAUUAGCUUUGGCAACUCAAUAACAAUAUCUGAACCUCCAAUCCCCAACAUCACCAGCUGUUAUAAUGUUGGCGAAAGUCGCAUCAUUGUUGCAGCUUAUGUUUUGCUAGUAGUCGGCGAAUUUGAAAUUAUAUGUUUCACGCUAUACCGCUCAAUCACAUAUUACAAAAGUCUUGCAAGCGGCAAUCCCUUGCUCAAUACUCUCAUUCAGCACAACAUAUUCUAUUUCAUCUGUGGAGUUUUCUUUUCGCUCCUUGUCAUCCUGGCCAUAGGGGUUCUCCCUUCUGUGUACGGUGAUAUGGCUUCCAACCUCCAGGUUACGAUACAUGCCCUUCUCGUUACACGGAUGCAUCUCGAGCUCUGGAAGUCGGAUCGCGCACAGAGGUUCGGCCUUGUUGACGAUACGAUAGCCCUCAAUCCAUUGGCUCAGGCUUCUAGAAGUCGCGAUAACGAUUGGCGCGGAGAUAUUGGACCUGGUCUCCAUUAGGAGACAGGAAGUUGCGCAACUAUGUAGAUAUGUAUUGUAGAGACACUUAGUUGCACACUAGUAGUAGUCACACUGGACAUCACGUGGACAUAUCAGUUACGCGUCGGUGGCGUCACGACCCUAUCAAUGUCAUCAGAUUCGAAGU